AAAUAGCUGCUAUUUUCUCGGACGAAACCCUGACAAUUUCGUACUCAUCACCACACCAUAACCAAAAACCCUCACUCAAAUACACACUCACCAACACUUUCUUUUUCCAUCUCUCACCAAAUAAACGAUUUUUCAUCAUCACACUCAAAUCAAAUACUGCGCUACACAACACUACCCUCUUCUAACCGACCACUACCACUCCACUCUUUCUGUUCUAUUCUCUCUCUUAUUUGUUACUAUUUUUUUUUCUUUCUCUCAAUCACCUCUUUGGAAUCAUCAAUGAACAAUACAACUGAUCAAUGGUUCAUGAUGAAAAACAACAACUCUGAUCCUCCUAUUACCACUGUUCCAUUGCUCCAACAACACCAACAACAUCAAUCUUCUCGAAUGUCUAUUAUGCAUCCAUCUUCUUCUCCUUCAAAUGGGUUUACUUCAUGGGGUAAUGAGGUCAUCAACAACAAUAACAACAACACCUGGACUAUGAAUCAUCAUCGUGAUCAUGAAUAUGAUCAUGAUUAUCAUCGUUUGUCUCUUAAUCUUUCUGCUAUCACCCUUUCCGAUGAAGAUCAUCAUCAACAAUCUAACAACAACAUCACCAUCAACAGCAAUGUUGCAAGAAUCCGAGGUAGUAAUAUUGUUGACGCAAACUCAAACAUCAACAUUCCUGGUUUUUGGGAAACUCAUGCAUACAACAACAACAACAUUGUUGAAGAUGAAACAGUGACAGCAACACACCCAACAAACAACAACCCACGUUAUCAAAACAUGGCUAGUCCAAAAUCACUUUUUGGGAUUUCAUCACCUUCACAAGGUUUACUCUCUGAUAUCAAAUGGGGUAUGCAAAAAGGUAACACCUUUGCUGGAGUAUCUCAAAUGGGUUCUUCUAUUGAUCUUGGAAAUGGAAUCGGAAACACUGUUUCUUAUGGCCAUUGCUAUGGACAGGGUAGAGGUAGGGUUGUUCCCGUUCAGCUGCAAAACUCAUCUUAUAACAACUCUUAUGAACAACAACAGCGCCUUGUGUAUCCUUCACCAACAAGGUCUUCUUUUGCAACGGAAAAUAAUUUUCCUACAAAUCCUAUCAUGUACAACAACGCUCCUGCAUCACCACUAUAUUAUCAUCAGCUUCCUCAAUCUCUUUAUCCUACUACACCUAUUGAGGAACCACUGGCUUUUAAAUGUGAUAAUAGUUUCAUUCUUCAAGAGAAUGACAUGAAAAGAGACCGGAAUCCAUUCUUGGGUGGUGCUACUGCUGCUUCUAAGUAUUCAUACUCACAAGGGGGUUUGGGAGUGAUUCCUCAAAUUUCUCAUCACUUUCCUGUUAGAACUGGGUUCGUAACUGAUGAUGAUGUGCAACGACAUCAUACUCUACAGAGCUACAUGAUUCAUACGGCAAAGGAUCAGAAUGGUGGUCGUCAACUGCAGAAGCUGGUUGAGGAAGGGUCGGUUGACGAUAAGGAAAUUGUGUUUAAUAAUGUUAUUGAUAACAUUGUUGACCUUAUGAUGGAUCCUUUUGGGAACUAUCUUGUUCAGAAGUUGCUGGAGUUUUGUAGGGAAGAUCAAAGGUUGCAGAUUGUUCAUAUGCUGACUAAGGAUCCUGGUCAGCUAGUCAGAACAUCCUUAAACACACAUGGGACAAGAGUGGUUCAGGUGCUGAUUUCUACUAUCAAAUCAAGGAGGCAAAUUGCAUUGGUGAGGGCAGCAAUUCAACCUGCUUUUCUUGAGCUGGUUAAGGAUCUGAAUGGAAAUCAUGUUAUACAACGUUGUUUGACAUGCUUUAGUGUUCAAGAUAAUGAGUUUAUCUUUGAUGCUGCAACAAAAUUCUGUCUUGAUGUUGCUACUCAUCAACAUGGCUGCUGUGUGCUUCAACGGUGCAUUGAUUAUUCAAAGGGAAAGAGUCAAGAAAGACUUGUCAAGGAAAUCUGCAAACAUGGCUUGGAUCUGGCUCAAGACCCAUAUGGAAACUAUGUUGUUCAGUACAUUAUCCAGAUGCAGAUUCCAAGUGCUAUAGCCAAGUUUACUGCUCAAUUCAGAGGACACUAUGCAGUCCUCUCUGCUCAAAAAUUCAGCAGCCAUGUAGUUGAAAAGUGCCUCAAAUAUAUUCCAGAGACUAGAGCAAGGAUUGUCCAAGAAUUGUUGUCUAUUACUCGCUUCGAGACUCUGCUUCAAGACCCGUUUGGAAACUAUGUCCUUCAGUGCGCCCUUGACAAUACCAAGGGCUCCUUGUUUAUAUCUUUGGUUGAUGCAGUCAAAGCGCACAAAAACUUGCGCACCAGCCCGUAUUGCAAGAGGACCUUCUCAAAAAUCCAGAUGAAGAAGUGAUGUCAGUACUCAAGACAUGUUUUGUUGUUGUUGUUUCUUAUCAGUUUUCUCCUAGUCGCAUCCAAUUAGUUUUCUAUGUGUAACUUAGCUAGUGAAUCUAGCGGAACAAAAAAAACUUACCUAUUAGCCUACUACUACUAGUAUUUGUUGUUGUGUAUGUGUCUUUAGACUCCGAGCUUCCAAUAACGGGAGAACAUUGUGGUGUUCAUCAGGAACUUGCCUCUCAUUUUUCCGUUGGAGCCGGAGUCUGAAAGAAUGUGCUUAGUUUUUUCUAGUGCUUAUUAUGGUUAUGUAAUAUUGAGCUGUUACCCUGUGGAUGUGUUAUGUGUGUGAUGCAUCCAUGAUGGUAUUGUUAUGAAGUAUUGUUAUGAAGCUUUGUAGAGUGUGUACAUUUUCCUGGAUGUUGCUUUAGGAAAAAACAGUUUGUUCCAAGACUGGGGAUAAUGUACUUUUUGAAUUCUAGUUAAUAAAAUUAGGAGAUUUUAUGACU